CGCUUGGCGUUUCGUGGCGCACACAGCCGCCGCCUCCCCCACAGACCAUCCGUGGUGCCUGGAGCUGGGCUCUUGCCCGCCCUGUCCCUUCCCCAGCCCACUGUCGCCACUCCUGGGAAGCUGGGCGGGCUCUAGCUUGCCUCUUCCGGCCCAGAGCGUGGGGGGGUCCGCCAGCGGGGCCCCAGUCCCCGCAGCUCCAGCAGAGCUGCAGGACAGCGCUGACAGGCCCGGACGCCGCUCUGGUACCGGGUUCUGUCAGCCCAGGUCCUUUUCCCUGUAGCGUACCAUGAUGAUGGUGUAACAGCCCUGCUAGGUGAGGGGGGCGCUCGGCGAGGUGGAGACCCUUCCUCCAGCUGGCCAGGGAAGCGGCCUCGCUCCACUCCCGGCGUCAGGUGCGUCCGGCCCUGACCGUGUGCGUUUGCGUUCCAGGCCCGAGGUCCCGGCUAUGGCCGCGGCCACCAUCGUGCACGACACGUCGGAGGCGGUGGAGCUGUGCCCCGCCCACGGCCUCUACCUGAAGCCCAUCACCAAGAUGACCAUCAGCGUGGCACUGCCGCAGCUGAAGCAGCCGGGCAAGUCCAUCUCCAACUGGGAGGUGAUGGAGCGGCUGAAGGGCAUGGUGCACAGCCACCAGUUCUCCACGCUGCGCAUCUCCAAGAGCACCAUGGACUUCAUCCGCUUCGAGGGCGAGGUGGAGAACAAGAGCCUGGUCAAGUGCUUCCUGGCCUGCCUGGACGGCAAGACCAUCAAGCUCAGCGGCUUCUCCGACAUCCUCAAGGUGCGGGCCGCCGAGUUCAAGGUCGACUUCCCCACCCGCCACGACUGGGACUCCUUCUUCCGCGACGCCAAGGACAUGAACGAGACGCUGCCGGGGGAGCGGCCGGACACCAUCCACCUGGAGGGCUUGCCCUGCAAGUGGUUCGCCCGCAAGGAGUCGGGCUCCGAGAAGCCCAGCGAGGACGUGCUGGUGCGCGUGUUCGAGAGGUUCGGCGAGGUGCGCAACGUGGACAUCCCCAUGCUGGACCCCUACCGCGAGGAGAUGACCGGCCGCAACUUCCACACCUUCAGCUUCGGCGGGCACUUGAACUUCGAGGCCUACGUGCAGUACCGCGAGUACGCGGGCUUCAUCCAGGCCAUGAGCGCCCUGCGCGGCAUGAAGCUCAUGUACAAGGGCGAGGACGGCAAGGCGGUGGCCUGCAACAUCAAGGUCUCCUUCGACUCCACCAAACACCUGAGCGAUGCCUCCAUUAAGAAGCGGCAGCUGGAGCGGCAGAAGCUUCAGGAGCUGGAGCAGCAGAGGGAGGAGCAGAAGCGGCGUGAGAAGGAGGCCGAGCAGCGGCAGCGGGCCGAGGAGAGGAAGCAGAAGGAGCUGGAAGAGCUGGAGAGGGAGCGGAAGCGCGAGGAGAAGCUGCGGAAGCGGGAGCAGAAGCAGCGGGACCGCGAGUCGCGCCGCAGCCAGCGGAAGCUGGAGAAGCUGCAGGCGCAGGGGCAGCGCCGGCUGCAGGAGAAGAUCCGCACGGAGGAGCGGAAGCUGCUGCUGGCCCAGCGCAACCUGCAGUCCGUCCGGCUGGUGGCCGGCCUGCUGAGCCGAGCCAAGGUACCGCGGCGCCCUGCGCGCGUGCGUCCCGGUCCCCGCUGCCGGCGCCACACCCACGCCGUGUGGCUCUGUUGGGAGGGCGUGCUGCCCCCUGGCGGUCCUCAGGGUUCCCAUGUCAUCCGCCUUAGGCCUAGGAAGCUGGUAGGACAGUGAAUUGGCGUGACCAGCAGGCUUACUAGGCGCUGGCCAGGGCUGACGGUGCCGUUUGUCCCUGAGACAGGGACUGGCAGGGCUCGCAGAGGGUCUCCGGGCUCUGUGGCUCUCCUCCCGCUGAUGAUGCGCUCGCCAGGUCUGGUCAGGCCAGUGGCCUGGGACAGGAGGACGGGUGCCAAGCCUGGCCUCCGGGGGACCAAGGGUGCCCAGAGCUUGGCCUGCUGCCUCCUUCCUUCGCGGCUGUGCAGCCGACAGUUGUUGGCCCGUGCCGUGUGCCGGUCCCCUCCGUGCCGACGGCCCCCUCGGCAUCCUGGCUG